CGAAUCCCUUGAAUAGAUUCAUUAGAACUAGCAAAGAUCUAUUAGAUCCAAUGAUACGGAAAUGGUUUAUAGGAUCAAUUGCAAGGAUUGCGAGGCUACCUAUGUCGGACAAACCGAACGACAAUUCAAAACUAGAAUAAACGAACAUAUUCGUGACAUUAAAAAAGCUACUGGCUCCCCAUUUGUGGUUUCGAUUCACAGAAUGAAUUUUAAACAUGAGUUUAAUUGGAAUAAUAUUAAGAUUCUAGACAAAGAACCGUCAUGUUCCCAUCAACCCCACAAAAGGAUUGUCUCCGAAGUGAUUCACAUUAAAAAACAGCCUCAGGGGAUUACUAGGGGUUGCAUUGUGGUCAAUACUUUUUCUUCAUACCUGGGAGAAGCGGAUCUCUCACUUAAUGACAUUUCCAUGCUCAUUGGCAUUACACAUUGGGAAUUGUUCACAUCGUCUAAACAUGGAAUAUAUGUCAAGAAUUAAAAAAGAGCGAGAUUAGUGGCAAUUAGAAGUGAGGCAAUUACACAUAUCUCAGAUCACAACAAUACGCAAAAUGAGAGCAUCCGCAGGUAUGACAAGAUUACAUUGGACACUACAUUUGCGCGCAUCAGCUGGUUGAUGCUUACGAUCAUGCGUUGCUUUUUAGUUUUAAUUUCUUAACCAUUUGUACUUCUCUGCACAUCUAUUAUUUCGUUAAUUGUCUUUAUGUCUUAUCAUCGCAUUAUAUUACCGCACUGAAGAAGACCUAAUAUAAAAUCGAAACGAUGUUUGUGUUUUUAGUUUUUAUUUUUUAUUUUCUUUAAUUUU